AGGUGUGAGAGUUGGUAGGCAGCGGACGCGAUUUCUCACCAAGAUGGCAUCCGGCGAGGGUUCGGGCGGGUCGACAGAGACAAGUGGGUCGGGCGGCAUCCUGUGGCAGAUUAUUUGGCUGAUCCUGCUGGUCCUGGCUGCAAUCUGGGUGUCCUGGUUCUGCGCCUGGUGGUACGCCAUGCUCAUCCCCUUCACUGUCUGCCUACCCCCCAUGGCGGCUCUGACCGACAUCCUACUGAGGGGCAUUCAGAUCACCUACGUGUGUGCCAAGAACAUGAUGGAAGCCAACACUUUUGCUGAAGCCUGGAACUCUUACCCUUCUGCUGUGCCUCCGACAGUAUUGGUGGUGUCGCAGAGCUCUGGCUAAACUUAGAAUGAGAGAGGGAACUUGUGGAGAGAGAGAGAGAGAGAGAGAGAGAGAGAGAGAGAGAGAGAGAGAGAGAGAGAGAGAGAGAGAGAGAGAGAGAGAGAGAGA